ACAGGGAGGGAGGGGUUACUUAAGACCAAAGGUGCAUGAACCGAUCUUUGUACUUAACGCCGUGCAGAGACGUUACUCUGAAUUCCAAAUCGAUGCCGCUGGUACAGUAACUUUUGACCUCUCUCUCUCUCUUUACUUUUCUCUCACGCGCGCACAAAGGCUCACUUGUCUGAUUCUCUUGCAAAAGUGUUUUGUCUUUUGGACCAAGUGAAGCGAGCGUGCACACAGGCGGCGAGAAAGAUGAGUUUGACGGCGAAGAACAAAUCGGUCUCCCUGAGCGACGGAAACAGAAUUCCAUUACUCGGACUGGGGACCUACGGUGAUCCGCGUACUACGCCGAAAGGCACUACUUACGAGUCGGUGAAGGCGGCGAUUGACGUUGGCUACCGGCACCUCGACGGGGCCCUUGUGUACUUCAACGAGGGCGAGGUGGGCCAUGCCAUACGGGAUAAGAUAGCAGACGGGACCGUGAAGAGAGAGGACAUCUUCUACUGCGGCAAGCUGUGGAACACCUUCCACCCCCCGGAGCUGGUCAGACCCGCCCUGGAGAGGACGCUGAAGACCCUGCAGCUGGACUACGUGGACCUCUACAUUGUGGAGCUUCCCAUCGCCUUCAAGCCUGGAGACGCGUUUUACCCGCAGGAUGAGAACGGAAAAUACAUCUACCACGAGACAGACCUCUGCGCCACGUGGGAGGCUCUGGAAGCCUGCAAAGACGCGGGUCUAACCAAGUCCCUCGGCGUGUCCAAUUUCAACCGUCGGCAGCUGGAGCUGAUCCUGAACAAACCAGGGCUGAAACACAGACCUGUCUCCAACCAGGUGGAGUGCCAUCCCUUCUUCACUCAGCCCAAACUCCUGGAGUACUGUCGGCAGAACGACAUCGUCAUCGUGGGGUACAGUCCACUGGGGACCUCCAGAGACGCCUCCUGGGUCAAUCUGAAAAGCCCACCUCUCUUGGAAGAUCCUCUCCUGAUUGCCAUCGGGAAAAAGCACAACAAAUCGUCUGCCCAGGUGGCUCUGCGGUUCAAUGUCCAGAGAGGGGUCGUCGUCAUCCCCAAAAGCUUCAACCUGGAGCGCAUCAAACACAACAGCCAGAUAUUCGACUUUUCCCUGACUGAAGAGGAAAUGGAAGCCGUCGAGGGGCUCAACAAAAACGUCCGCUUCGUGGAGCUUCUCAUGUGGAGUGACCAUCCCGAGUACCCAUUCCACGACGAUUACUGACAGCUUCAGGAUCUUUAUGAUUACUGGCAGCCUCCGGAUCUUUAUGAUUACUGACAGCCUCAGAAUUUUUAUGAUUUUAUGAUUUAAAAAAGUUUUUUUAAAAGGGUUUUACUUUCAUUAGAAUAUUUAAUCAUUUCUAAAAUGUUAUUUUCAGCAAAUGUACUGUAUAUAUUGUGAUUCAGAAUAUUAAGUCAUGGGAUGUCAUACGGGGAUAACAGAUGAGUUUUCAAAAUCUGUAUUUUUUUAAUGGUUUCAUUUGCCACCCAAUAACUAGGAGAUAUUCAAGGUGAGAUCUCCGGUAAUAAAACUAUUUGUUUUAUAAAAAUUGCACACCUCAACUCAAUCAAUUUUAAUUAUACAUUUUUAUCGUCUUCAAAGCCUCAAACUGUUAUCUGGCAGGACAGGCUAUUUAUCAAAAUAAAAUGUUCUAGAAAUUUGCUCCAGAUUGUCUUAUCUUGGAUGACAUUGGUUGAAAAUCAAUAUAUAUUUUAUACAUUCUUCAUAUGUUGAAAGACCCAUAUAAUUAUGCCCAAGAGAGAGAUUUUUAUUUUAACUAUUUUUGGAGCAUUCUUUCCCAUUGAGUAUGUUGGUGUGGACAGUUAUCUCAUGACAUUUUGCCAGUUUAGUGUAAUUCUUCUGAUUUCUAAUAAUCGCAAUUGGUUUUCCGGUAAUUUCACUGUUGAAAGAUGGUUUUGUUUUUUUCAUGUGUUUUUUUUUUAUGAGGAAAAAUGUGUUUCGGACAUUAAAAUAAACAUUACGUUGUUGACCCAUA